AACAGAGACCUCUACAGCACAGAGAUCCAACCAUGGCACCUACAAUCACUGCAGCAAUGACCGAUUCUCAGGAGCAUCUGACUCUGACCCACAAGCUCAGAAAGCCUCUGGUGGAGAAGUUACGCAGAGAGCGAAUCAACAGCAGCAUUGAGCAGCUCAAGUCUCUCCUGGGUCCAGAGUUCCUCAAACAGCAGCCAGACUCCAAGCUGGAGAAAGCAGACAUCCUGGAGAUGACAGUUUAUGUCUUGAGACGACUGCAGCAGCAGAAUCAAGCUGUGGACUCAGCAGCUGUCGAUCAGGGCUACUCCAGGUGUGUCCAAGAGGUGGACCACGUCCUGUCCAACGAGGAGGGGGAGACACAGUCCCAGAGAAGACUUGUGAACCACUUCAACAAGCUGCAGUCUUCCUCUGAUAAGAAGGUGAGAGAGGCUGACAUCUCUCUUCUGAGCUCCACAGUCCAGACCAGCAUCACCAAAGAGAAGAGUCUGGCCAGGAGCGCCCCCUGGAGGCCGUGGUAGACACCUACAGACUGGAGUUGGUACCAGACAAACUGAGAUGACCACAUUGGUCAAAGAUUACUGAACUGAAUUCUUUGAAUUUUUUCAGAUUUGUUCUUCUGUAUGUACAGAAGCUGCAUUUUGUGUUUUUUCUUUGUGCACGAUGACGUUUCCUAAGGAAAUGACAAUAUCUUUCAAGUUUAGAAAGAGAAACAUCUUGUCAUGCAUUUUGCACGAACCAAAUCCGAUUGCAUCAGCAAUUAUUAUUAUACUUCACUGUACUUCAUGUAUUGGUAGUAAUUAAUGCCAUGGUAACAUUUUUAUCUUCAAAUUGUUAUUGAUCAUACUGAUCAGACAAUUUUAACUGUCUUUUUUAUGGACAUAUUGUCAUAAUGGACUUUAUUUCACUUAAAUCUCUCUGAUAACUCAAAACUGAUCUGUUCUAAGAUCCAAAUGUUGAUCCAUCCAUCCGACCAUCGUAAACCGCUUAUCCUGCAUACAGGGUCGCGGGCAGCUGGGGCCAAUCCCAGCUGACAUCGGGUGAAAGGCGGGGUACACCCUGGACAAGUCGCCAGUUCGAAAUGUUGAACCUUUUUUC